GUUCAGCGUAAUAUAUCGUGAUAUGUAGUCAAGUUCUGUAGUCAAGUGUAGUCAUCAUCGUCGUCAAGUUUCGCCAAGUGUACGGUGAAGUGGAUACUUUACUAUCGUUAUGGCGUCUGUUAAGCGGAUGUCAGAUAAGGAGAAGGAUGAGGCUGAUAAGCUAGCUGAGAUUGAAGCUGGUAAGAUCGACCCCGAUGAUAUGGGAUGUGGACAGCGUUGUUUCUUCACGUACGGCCAGAUGUGUCAGAGGGCGGGGGAACUAUUUAACUGCUGCCUCACCGAUUACGAAGAGGCGAUGCAGAAAGAGAGGAGAUGGGAGGAGACAGUGAGAUUAAAAGAAAGGGUUUUGAAACAGAGAGAUCAUCUUAUCAGACUGGAGAGGGAGCAAAAGCAGCUCAUGGAUAAGAUGACAGCGUUCCAAACUGAUACCACUCAAUUGAUAGAGGAAACAGGAGAGAAUGUUAGAAAGGAAUUGAAGAAAGCAUUCCGGAUGGAAGUUGACAUAUCAACCAAAGAACUUAUGAGGAAACACGAGCGCCUGUCCAGAGAGCAAAACGGAAUGAGUGAAACAAUACAAGAACACGAGGACAAGCUGGGCGAAUUGGGAGUCAGAACUGACAAGAUAAAACGAGAACUCAACGAAACAUUCGUCCAGCUCCAAGAGGUAGACGAAGAGUUAAAGAGCCACCAGGAGAGCAGUGCUAAACAGUUUGCUGAGACGAACACAAGGGUCUCUGAUGAAACGGCCAGAGUGGACGAAGAAUUUGGAGUGGUGAAAGACGAAAUUAAAAACACGAGUAUGGAACUAGAAAAAGAGUCAGCCACUAACAAUGAACAGAACUUCGAUCUAGUCAGGAUAAAGAAAGCGUUGGAAGCACUCAGACAAGAGCAACUCGAUGCCAAAAACAAAGAGUCAGAUAAAUCGAUUUUCGGUAAAAUUCGAGGAAAAGGUAAAGAUUUCAUGGAAGGGUCGGAACAUGAGGACAGCGGUGCAGAGAGUGAAUACAGCAUUGACGAGGAUGGUAAUCCAAAGAUGACUGAAAUAGGUCUACCGAAGAAACGUCCCAAACGAACAAAGAGAGCUGGAGGAAUUGCGGGUAAGAUGAGGAUGUUUGUCGGAAAGGAACCAGAGUUGAGUGAGACGGACCUACCGGACGUGCCGGAGGAAGAUCCGGUGGAGAGACCUCCUCACUAUGAGUACAUGGUCCACACUCC